UUGGCAAGUAAUUAGUAACAAAGGAAGAAGAUUACUACAAAAUAGGCCAUGUCAAAAAUACCGAAAAAAUCAACUUCACUUGCGAAUAUCGAGGCUAGAUUUAUAGGUGAAUUCCGACGCAGAUUUUGCGACGGCAAGCGGUCGCAAAAUUCAAUAUAUAUUGGAAAAAAAAACCCUCAUUGGCUCCACUCAAAUGUUCAUCGCCUCACGCUUUUACUCUUCACUAUUGACACACCCAAAGAAAGCCCUCAAGCGCCACCACCGUCCACGGCGGCACUACCGUUCAGUCGAGAUGACAUCUAAGAAAAACGAUCAUCCACAAAGUACUAAUGCGAAGAGAGGUAAAUCUAAGGGGAAGACUACAGGUAUACAAAGUCAAAAUGUUGUAGAGGUUGGAACAUUGGAUGCUUUAGGGAAGCUGGUUAUCGCUCCUGAUGGGACUACUGGGUUUCUUCCAUCCACUGAAUCUACAAAUGUUGCUAUUAUGGAUUCUAUUAAGUCAUUUUACUGGGACGAUUGGACUACCUGGAAAGAGAUACCUGUUCCGAACAGACUCCCGAUGUGGGAUCACUUUAGAACGAAGUGUACAUGGUAUUCCCAACAUGAUUAUCAAAUAUUUUGUAAUUUUGAGAUACAAGCUGCUUCUCUGCUUGAGCGUAUGAUCUGGACUGCUUGGCAAAAGGAUCAGAAGCCUGAUUGGAUGCUGGAAAGCAUAUGGGUUAGACUUAGUGAAAAAUGGAAGAAAUCUCAAACGGUGUGCAUCCAAGAAAGGGUAGCCCAAGCCUCCGACAAGGGUGACUCAUUGUACACCGGGGGUUCAGUUGGUGAAGGGACUCAUCGACAGAGAUUGGAAAAGAAAAAAGGGAGAACUAUGACUUAUGAUGAGGUCAUUGAGAAGAAACAUGUGAAAAAUAAAAAGGAUGGUCAUAGAACUUUGGUCGAGCCACAUGUUGAGAGGACAAAUGUUGGGUAUACAAAAAGCUUGGAUCAAUGGAGUCAAAGUCAGCCUACUACUGAGGAUGAUAGCUCAAACCAAUCAUCAGACAAUGAUGAAGCAUCAAUAUUGCCAGAGGCAAUUGGUGGCGUGCAUAACCUUGGUUCACAACGUUGCGUAGCUUGUCAGGAAGAGAUAGAUUCAUUGCGGUGACAAGUACAAGCGCUUUCAUAAAAGCUAAAGAGAGACUGUUUAGACCUUGCUCGAAUGGAGAAUCCUCUUCACAAUCUCGUAGACAGUUGUCGAUUUUCUGGGUCUGACUAUGACUCUGACGGGGAGGAUUAGUUUGCUCUACUUGUGAUGUUUGGAACAUUUACCGGUUUGACUUCUGGUUGGAAUGUUACCUGAAUGGUGUUUGUGUGCUUUAGACUUGCUUGUGGAUGUCUCAAGACUUGCUUUUGGAUGUUUUAAACUUGCUUUUGAAUGUUACUUGAAUGGUGUUGGAUGUUUUAGUUAUAAAUGUUGAUGUUUAAUUUUUUAGUUAAAAUUUUUAGGAGGUUUGAUAGCUGGGCACAGAUUAGAAAGACUGAAAUACUUUUUUUUUUCCAAUCAGAACUGCAUUUUAUUCAUCUUCACAAGAAAA